GGCCGCCGCGCGCAUGCACCGACUGAGGGCACUGGCGCACGCACACCUGCACGCUGAGAUACUGAACAGUAACCAAGAGUGGAGCGGGCAGUUGGCGCGUCGAGCUCGCGAGCUGAGCGCGGCCCUCGAGCGGCUGCAGGCCGGUCGCACCAAGGCGCAUGGACUGCUGCAGGCCGCGCGACAGAGGGUGAAGUGGGGAGCGGGUGCGAACCCGGCGUUGCGGAGCGUGCUGAGCUCGCUGGAGGGCGCGUGGGCCGAGCGCGAGGCGAGCGGCGAGCGGCUGCAGCGGGCGGGCGGCGCGCUCGCCCGGCACGCGCGCGGGGCGGCGCACCUGGCGGCCCGCGUCACGCGGCCGGCGCGCACGCUGCGGACGGCGCUGGCGCACUGGGAGAAGGCCUGCAGUUUAUCGGUGAAGUACUCGCUGCAGGUGUCCCCGGUGGAGGAGUCGCUCAUGGAGAUGUUGCAUCCCGAAGGAAACAUAGACGAGCAGUGGGUUGCGAACGUGAGCGCGCUAGUCCGCGAGAUGUCCAGCGGUGCGCGCGCGGCCGACGUGGCGGGCCGCGCGCGCCUGGAGGGGGGCCGGGCCGAGCUCAGGGCCGCCUGCGAGCCGCUCGCCGCGCCCGCCGCCACCAGCAUGCAGCUGCUGGAGCGACUGCAGACCCCGCUGGCGACCCUGGACCAGGACGAGAAUCCGGCUGAAGAGUUCCUCGACCGAUGGAGAGCUGUGAACGAGAAGCUGAGCAAUAUCAGCAGCAGCAGCAAGGAGAGUGGCGGCGUGGAGCACGCGGCCCGCGUGGCCGCCGCCAGCGCCACGCUGCAGGUGGACCUGCCGCUGCUGGCCGAGGCGCUGCUGCAGUUACCGCAGCAGCUCAGCGAGAGUAACAAACGCGCCGCUCGACAGCAGACCGCACUGGCCAAGCAUGCCAGUAAACAUGAACAACGUAACUCGGUCGGCGCGGGCGUGUGGCGCCGCGUCCGACUUAAACUGGAGGGGAGAGAACUGCCGGCUAACAUGCGAGCCUCGCCCCAUGAACAGGUGGAGUACAUCAUAUCUGAGGCGUGCAGCAUCGACAACCUGUGUCUCAUGUACGAGGGAUGGAUGGCCUGGGUCUGAGCGGCCGCGGCCUGCGACACGACACGCGACACGACUAGACGCGGGCCUGCGCGCUCACGACCUGACGUGACGGACGUGACGUCACGUCACGCGUCACGGACACUCGGACGAGUCGAAGACGGACCCGGGCCCGACCCGCCCGGACACUACUUGUAAUUACCUUAGCAACGGGAUUCUACGUCUGAUGGCGACCGCCGCCAUCUUGAUUAGCACGAGGCUUCGCAGGGAUCGUUAACAUGGCGUCCAUCGUCAUGCCGUCAAGCGAAUGGCUUUAUAAGCUCGUCGCCAUGGAAACCGCGCCACUCUUGUUACCCGAUGAUCUUUAUCACAGUUAGCUUGGCGAGCAUCAUCUUGCUGUUAGACGAGAGGUCGGUAUUGUAACGACCGCGGCCAUCUUGGCUCAUAGCUUCGUAGCAUAAGUGACUUGGGGCUCAGUUUCCAAAUUGAAUUCAGUUUCUGGAUCCAAUCAUGAUGAUCACGUUGGGCGAAUUUAUUAUAAAUCGAGUCAUAAUUGCGACGCUCCCGGGCCGUCGGCGUCGUUACCAUGACAACAGCCGCCAUUUUUCUGGCCCACGUUGCCAGUAUAGUUUUAUUAUGCUAAUAAAUAAUUAUUGUAUUCAUAUAUAAUGAAUUACUUACAUAGAAAUAUUAUAUCAAUAGAACUUUAUAAAAAUUCUCGACGGUCCGGGAAUCUUUUGGCUUCAUAGUGUAGGAUAAGUAGAGCUCACUUUCUAAAUGCACUUUUAAUUAUUUAACAACUGAAUGAGAAUUCUGUUUUAAAAAUCUAACUUCCUACCAGAUAUUCUAUAUUUGAUGCUUUUGAAAUGAAUUCUAAUGAGAUCACAAAAUGAGAAUGAGGCGUGACACCCUGAAUGCAGUCGAUUGAUUAUGUUAGGUCUCUCUGGUAGUGGUACUAAUUGGAGAUAAGGUGUCGCACAUAGCCGAUAGCCAUCAAUACACCCAAGUAAAGGAAUUUUCGGGAGUGACGUGAGCACUCUACAAGGUUAAUGCAAAACAAAUGAUAUUUUAUCAAAAAUUUCCAAAAUUUAAUUCUGCAUACUGCGUUCUUUAAGCACUAUCUUUUGAUUAGUAAUUCUUUCAGUUUCAGUGACGAAUAGUACGUCGCCGUCGUACAAUAUAAAUAAAUAUAUAUACACAUAUUUAUAUAUAUAAACUAGCUGACCCAGAAAACGUUGUAUUGCGAUAUAAAGUAAUAAAUAAAAAAAUCCAUUGCCACCUCGCAACCCUAUUGCGGAUCUGUGGAUGUAGCAGAAUAAUAUAAAAAUCGCGAUAGAAAAAUAGGUGUUUACCGUAGACGGGUGAAAAUUUGAAGAUUUUUAAAAUACAUUUGUAUGUAUUUAAAAAAAAAAAAAAAAUAUCUAAAAAUUAAAAAAAAAAUUGGGGUGGACUAUCCUUAACAUUUAGUGGGAUGAAAAAUAGAUGUUGUCCGAUUCUCAGACCUACCCAAUAUGCACUCAAAAUUUCAUGAGAAUCGGUCAAGCCGCUUCGGAGAAGUUUAACUACAACCACCGCGACACGAGUAUUUUAUAUAUAUAUAUAUCUAUAUAUAAAUAUAUAUGUAACCCACGAUGUCAUCCGCCUUAACAUAACAUUAAUAAAAUAUAAUAUAUGUUACUAUAUGUUAAACAAGCUAAUAAGCUGUGUGGUAAAUUUAAUUCGUGGAUUAUCAAUUCAACUGUUUUGGAUUGAUGGAGUAACAAACAUGCAAAUUGUGCAAUAAUACCUAAUAAUUUCGUUAAUAAAUCCAAAUAGAAAUUAAUUCAUUGCAGAUUUAACAUUAAAAUCAAGAAUUCACAUAAAUUUCUUCUUAGUCAAUAAUUUUUGUUAGUUACAUAAAUCCUGUGAACAAACCCAUAUUUUAAACAUUUGUGGCUCUCUGGCAACCCUUAAAUGUACGUUUUGGUUUAUUAAAGUGUAUAAACCAAAUCAAGGAUUUAAAAAGCGCAGAAAAAAUCACCGGGAUAGUACUUAUUGCCUUUUCUUUUCUCUUAGAUUGCCAUUAGUAUCCGGGGCGUGAGUUUAGUAAAAAAAAUUAUAGAUAUGGAAUAAGCGAAAAUAAAUGAUUUUUACGAUUGACACUCGCACAGAAAAUAAUCGUGUUAUUCUUCGGCUUCCGAUAUUGUUUGGGAGCUUGGCGAGAGCUGAUCACCUGCCACUCCUGACCAAACUACUACCGUUGAUUGCUGUUUUGACAUCAGAUAUAUUUCCUAUCUUUGGCUUUUCUCAUUCGAACCGUAGGUCUUUUCAUUAAAUUGAAGAACCCUAUGUAAAACCACUUCUGUUUACUGUUUAGAAUUAUAAAGAUACAUAGAAGCAUUUGUAUGAAAACAUAUUUCCUGAUCUCUGUAACACUAUAAUAUUUUUUUAAUAAUUAACGUCUCAAUAAGUAUCCUUAGCACCAGAAAUAUUUUUAUGAUUAAAACUUAUGUAUUGUUAUAAUUUGAUUCCAUUAUUUGUUAAUAAUUCAGAAUCAAUUUUAAAAUUUUCCACUUAUUUCGGUGUUGACUGUAGUAAGGAUUAUUCAAUAACUUCAUCCAUCAGGGUUGUCUUCGUGGACAGAAAGUGAGCUCUUAUAUAAUAUAAUAAUGAUAUUGUAGAUGAUUAAUGUUGUAUCGCACGUGGAGCGGAGUGCAUCACCGAUGUGUUCGCUCGUGCGUUAGUGUUAGAGGCAGCUUGGAGACGCGGCAGAUUGUCAGCCAUUGACCCGUAAGGCUGUCUGUCCAUUGAAGCGGAAUUUACAAAAUACGCGACAAACAAGACAGAAACUGUCUAAAGUGUGAAAGUGCAGAAAAAAUCGAGUCCACUAUCCUGUGUAUGUUUUUUUUUAUUUUACUUCGCGAAUCUAUGCAAUUUACUAUUGCGAAUUUCUGGUUUAUUUCUCUGUUUUUACCACAUGAGUGGACAGGCAGCCGUAAUAACACACAUUCUCAGAACGUGUACAUUAAGUUCGAAUCCACUGGUACAAUUAAUUAUUUAAAAGUUUUGUAUUACCCUUAUUAUUUUAAAACUUACAUCAAUAUAACCUUCAAUCUACCUACAAAUAUCUCAUGCAGAUCUUAAUAGUUAGAUUGACUUCUUAUUUCUUAUUAUAUGAAAAAUCUUAGAUCAUUUAUACGUCUAGAUAGACUAAGACAGCUGUGAAAACGUCGAAAAAAUUGAAUUUAGAACUAACCUCUAUUUUGAGCAUUGCACGCACACUAAACUAAUAUUCUAGACGUUUAAAUUAUCUGAGAUUAAAAUAAUACGUAUCAACAUAAAACUGAAUGGGUUUUUUAAAUGAAUGUUUUAAUCGUCUGUUUUUUCUUACUCAACCGUUUUGUUUAUGUGAAGGUAAAAGAAGGCAAAUAUUACUUGUAGGUACAAUAUAUUAUAAAUGGCUAUUAAUUGUUUGAAAAAAGAAAGUGUGUAUGUACUUUUGUACGCACGCAAAAGUUACUCUUCUUUGGCAUAACAAAUUAAAAAUCCUUAAAAUGUUCAAUUCCUCGUGAUAUUUAUGUUAGUAGAAUGAUAUUGUAGUAAAGAUAUGUAUUAAAUACAACCAAUGAAAAUAUUAUUAUUAUACAAUUUACAACGGUAUGAUUUUUAAUCUAUUUUACAACUUAUAAAUAUUGCAAUUUAUUUAAUUCUCGUCCAUUGGUUGUGGUCCAGUGGACACAUGAGUUACAAGAGGCUUGGUUCUAGUUGACCAGUUCACGUCAGGGUGUCGAAUUUGCGUGUAGGUGUGCGCGGUAAAAAAAUAUUUUCCGAUUUUUUUAUCCGUACCCGUCUCAUAUUUGCUAUGUUAUCGAAUAUCAGGCAUCUUCAAUCUUAAAUAGCGCGAAAUGUUUGAUAGCUGGCAAUAAUUUUGUUUUAAAACAAGAAGAGUAGAAUAUUAUGAGCUAAACUGUAAACUCGUGUACUUUUUUUUAUAAAAAAAGACGAGUGUCUCUGUAUUCAAAAAUAUUGUAUCUAUAAUAAUACAAAUGUCUAGCGUUCUUCGUCAACAUUACUGGCGACAGCUGCCUUUCUCCAAGCUGCGUUCAUAUUGCAUACACGUAGAGGCGCGGUGAACGCACCCUUUGUUAUAACUACCCUCUUAUGAUUUUUCUAAUGUCACAUAGUUGUCAUGCAGCCUAGCGAAACUCUAAGAAAAAAACGAUUUACUCGAUUGUAUGAAACGUGCAGUCAUUGAUAGAUUGACAGAUGACGGCUAUAAUCUUGUAUAAAAAAACGGAGAUUGUCCAAAUCCACAACGUUAGAAGCAACUGUUCACUUUCAAACUUGUCGGAUUAUACUUCGUUGCCAUACUAUAAUUACUAUUUAAAACUUAUGUCAAUUCUCACUGCACGUUUUAUACUAAAAUAAAUUUAAAUUUUUACUUAGGUAGUUCCGCCUCUUAACUACGUAGUAUUUAGAUCCUCUUUGCUGUCAUGAUUUAAUUGACAUUGAUAUCUCUACGUAUGUAUUUUUAUGUUUUUAAUAUUGUAAUUAUUUGAAGACAAAAUGUCAUGUUGUCAAUAUAUUAUAAUAAAAUUCAAUAUUUACAAAGAAAUCAUUUAUUAAAAUGACAUCCGGAAGUAAAUAUAUAUUAUAUAUAUAGUAUUAUAAACGUAGUACCUACUUUUUACUAAUUUCAUAUUCCUUGUACCGACGCAAUCGUUAACUGUUCAGUAGAAUGUCGUGAACAACAAAAGUGACGGUAGAUCGGUAUUUAUAUCAGAUACUGUGUUCGCCGGCGUCGUAUGUAUCGCUUCAUUAUUAUUUAAUAAAUGGUGUAUGUGUAAA